CACCACACCUAUUAAAUGAGCUCAUUCCCUUCACAAUUGUCUUAACAAGCAUGGCUACGUUAACCCCACCCCUCUUGCUCUCAUGCUUCAUGCUACACCUUGCUUCAACCUUGGUCAUUGCCCUUUCAACAGAGAAGCACCACAUCACUCCCCAACCUAAGCAUAUUCCCAAGAGUCCUAGAAAACCAUUCCUGAAUGUGAUAGACUCUUGCUGGCGGGCCAAACCCAAUUGGGCCUCAAAUCGCCAAGCCUUGGCUGAUUGUGCUAUAGGCUUUGGCAAAGAUGCCACAGGAGGCAAAUAUGGUGCAAUAUACCAUGUCACAGAUCCCUCUGAUGACCCUUUAAACCCAAAACCUGGCACACUUCGUUAUGGUGCAAUCCAAACUGACCCACUUUGGAUCAUUUUCGACAAAGACAUGGUUAUUAGGCUCGAGAAUGAUCUCAUCGUGAAUAGCUACAAGACCAUUGAUGGGAGAGGAGCAAAUGUGGAAAUAUCAAAUGGGCCUUGCAUUACAAUGCAAGGUGUUAGUCAUGUUAUUAUACAUGGCAUUAGCAUCCAUGAUUGUAAACCAGCCAAGGAUGGCCCUGUGAGGAGUACUCCUAACCAUGUUUUCCAUCGUCAAGGCUCUGAUGGAGAUGCCAUUAGCAUAUUCUCUUCCUCAAAUAUUUGGAUUGAUCAUUGUUUCUUGGCUCGUGCCACCGAUGGCCUAAUUGAUGUUAUUCAUUCCUCAACUGCCAUUACCAUCUCUAACAAUUACUUUACUCAGCAUGACAAAGUUAUGUUGCUAGGACAUAAUGACGAAUACACAGCAGAUAAAAUAAUGAAAGUAACAAUAGCAUUCAACCAGUUUGCUAGUGGCCUAACUGAAAGGAUGCCAAGGGUAAGAUUUGGUUAUGCCCAUGUGGUCAACAACAAAUAUGAUCAGUGGAAAAUGUAUGCUAUAGGUGGCAGUGCCAACCCAACCAUUUUGAGUGAAGGGAAUUUUUAUGUAGCACCAAAUGAUCUAAACGCAAAACAGAUUACCAAGAGGGAAGUGAAGGAAAACUGGAAGAGUUGGAAAUGGAGGUCUUCCAAGGACUUAUUCCUAAAUGGUGCUUAUUUUGUACCAUCUGGCUUUGGUAGCUGUGCCCCAAAUUAUUCAUCUACUCAAUCUUUUACUGCUGCUCCAGCCUACAUGGUGCCUGCAUUAACUCACAAUGCCGGUCCCAUAAAUUGUGUUUUUGGGAUACCCUGUUAG